UAUCCCACCGUCACUUUUGUUUCAUUUCAAUUCCUCUUAUACCAAUUUCUAAGGAAGCAAAAAAAGGUAAUUAAAACAACUCAAAUUGCUAAUCUAGACAAAAUACUUCGUAUAAUGUGUCAUAGAGGUAGUCAUCACGGUAACGUUCGGUUGACCGGGUCCUCAUUCGCCGCCGUUGUCAUUGCUGCCGCGGUCGUGGCUGCCGCCGUAUCUACGCCAGGGGCGGAGGCUGCUCGGGCCUUCUUUGUGUUUGGUGACUCGUUGGUGGACAAUGGAAACAACAACUACCUGGCGACCUCCGCCAGGGCCGACUCUCCGCCGUACGGCAUUGACUAUCCCACUCACCGUCCCACCGGCCGCUUUUCUAACGGACGCAAUAUCCCUGAUUUUAUCAGUGAAGCUAUAGGUUCGGAGCCGACUUUGGCUUACUUGGACCCGGAGCUAACGGGUGAAAAGCUAUUAGUUGGUGCAAAUUUUGCUUCGGCUGGCGUCGGAAUUCUCAACGACACCGGCAUUCAGUUCGUAAACAUAAUAAGGAUAGCACAACAAAUUCAAUAUUUUGAGCAAUAUCAACAACGGUUGAGCAAUUUGAUAGGGGCAGAACAGGCACAAAACCGCAUAAACAAGGCACUAGUGCUUAUCACUCUUGGCGGUAAUGACUUCGUCAACAACUACUUCUUAGUCCCUAUUAGCGCUCGAAGUCUCCAGUUCACUAUCCCAAAGUAUUGCCGUUACCUCAUCUCCGAAUAUCAAAAAGUUUUGUUGAGACUAUAUGAGUUGGGGGCAAGAAGGGUGUUGGUGACAGGGACAGGCCCGUUGGGUUGUGCUCCGGCAGAGCUAGCUCAGAGAGGGAGGAAUGGUGAAUGUGCAGAUGAACUUCAAAAAUCCGCCGCAGUUUUCAAUCCCCUUCUCAUCCAAAUGAUUCAAAGCCUCAAUCAAGACUUGGGCUCCACCGCCUUCGUCACCGUCAAUGCUGUCCAAAUGCAGAACGACUUCAUCCACAAUCCUCAGGCUUUUGGUUUUACAGAGUCAAAGGUGGCGUGUUGUGGACAAGGCCCAUAUAAUGGGAUUGGACUUUGCACACUUGCAUCAAAUUUGUGCUCAAAUAGAGAUGCUUAUGUAUUUUGGGAUCCCUUUCAUCCUUCAGAAAAGGCAAAUUGGGUGAUUACUCAAUCCAUUUUGACAGGAAAUCGAUUCGUUUGAUGUGUGAUACCAGCCCUCUAUAUGCCCUUCGUGGUCCCGGCUUUCCAGUUUAGCUCCAAAUGUAUUACAUGUGCAUAAAUCAAUAUGUGUCCAUGCUUCUAUAAUAUGUUAAUUAUAAUACAUUCCAUUGUUUCCGAUUAUGCAUUAAUUAAACCUCAGGUGAGCUUCAAAGUAAAAAAAGUAAAAAAAAGUGUACAACGCAUAGUUUUAGAAUUUUACAUCUUGGUGUUGUGAUUGUUAGCAACAUAUAUUUACAUUGCUAAGAAAAUAAAUUAUAUAUGCAUAUGUAAAAUGACAUCUAAUUAUGCAAAUAUACUUGUUUCAUUCAACAUUGAUUUGAUUAUUUGAGUUAUAUGUUAAUCUUUA